AUGACGUACAGGGUGGACGUUGAUGAGGCGGAUAUUACAGUUCUCAAUCAGAACUUGAUCAAGUCCAAAGAGCUAUUUGAUAGCAUCAACAAAUCAUUACAAACAAUCUCGUUGAAAACACAAACAGCUCAUUCCACGAUGAAGCCGGUCUUGACCCAGGUCAACAAACUCACAGCGGCACAAAAAGAUAUUGAUGGCGGAUUGAGUUUGCUAUCGGAGGUGCAGGAAGCUUCGUCACAGAUUAGUAAAUUGGAAAACACAUUGAACAACAGUAUUGAAUAUAUUGGACUCCAUCAAUAUACAAACACAUUAAAACAAUCACAGGUCUUUAUGGUUGAAAUUCGGCAAAAAUUCAAGCAGUUCAAAGGGAUUAUCAAUAAUUUUGAAAUUCUGUUAAAUAGAGCCGACCAGAAAUUGAGAAACUAUGUUGAUCUGAUUUUGAAUUUGGAUUCCAAUGCCUUGAUUUCCAAAAAGGAUGAAGUGAAGGCAAUAUUUGAAUAUUUUAACAGACAGGGCAAUGAUAAAAAAGUUGUUAGCAUGUACAUUACGAAACGUGGAACCCAAUUAGCAGCAAUGAUCAAGGCUGCUGAAAGAGAAUUGCAACCAACGCGUAUUGAUACUCCAUAUGAAAAGAUGCAGUUUAAAUAUAAUAAAUUCACCGAAGUUGUGGACCAGGCAUUGCAUAAUGAAUACUCGGUGUUGAAACAGUGUCUGUUGUCUACCCUGUUUAUAAACCCUAUUCUGGAGUAUGCAAUUACCGAGUAUAAUCAAACCAUAAUAUCCUUAUCGCAACAACUACAAAGUCAGCAACAAGUGACGGCCCAAGAAAAUACUCGAAAUAAAUCUAUUUUUGUAACUCUUGAAGUUCUUGACAACUUGCUACUUUUAGAAUCUUCAUUGAAGCUGCUUCAGGUCAAAAGUGUUGGGUUCGAUCGAAGCUUAAGAAGUUUCCUUGAGCUUGGUUCCGAGAUUUUCCCCAAGUUUUAUAGAGAAGUUGAUGCAAAAUGUUCAAGCUUGCCGCAGUAUACUGAAAGCAACACAUCCCAAAUGACUGUGGAAAUAGCUAGUGUUAUGCGUCGAAUGUCUGAGUUUAGGCAGCCAUUGCUCGAGUCAAUAUCGAUGCUAUCACAAAGUGACUGGAAAUCCGAACAAUAUAAUACGGCUACUUAUACGAAACCCCACUCCAAAAACUCUACAACGUCAACUAUUAAUGAUACAAAUUCAACAACUCCUGAAUCAUUGUUGUCUCUUUAUUUUACAGACAUUAUUGAGCGUAUAAUGCUUGAUCUCCAAGAUGGUCUAGCCAAUGGCUCUAAGCACCCAACGCCCGCAUUAUCCACUUCGUACCCCUCAUCCACUGGUGAAAAUAAUAAUCAGAAAAUGAAGAGACCCGCGCAAGCGUUUAUUCUUUUGAAGAAUUUGUUUUAUAUUGAGAAUUUUGUCAAUCGUUCUGAAUUGUACAAUGUUUUAGGCAGCAAAGGACAAGAUAAGAUUAAACAGUUGCGGGAAAGAUUUACAAAGAUAUUUCUUGAAGAUUGGAGUUUUGCGUCAUUUUCUAUUAUUCAGGGGAUGUCAGAUGUGGCAAAGCUUUCGGGACAAGUGACUUUUACAAACAUUGAAGCACCAACAGCAGGUGCUAGUACUAAUAACUAUGCAUCUGCAAAUACUUCAAUGGCAUCUACCAGUAUGAGCAAUACCAAUAAUCUUUCUUCAAAGGAAAAAGAGCAAAUUAAGGAGUUGUUCAAAAAGUUUAACCAAGCCUUUGAGGAUGCCUUGAGUCUUUACCAAACAUUUCAUUUUGGUGAGCCAACUUUCCAGAAGCAAAUGGCUAAUGAGGUGAAGAAGAUGGUUUUGAAUGCAUAUUUUAAGUUGUAUGACAAGUAUGGAAAUGCUGAUUUUACAAGGAAUAGGUCCAAAUAUGUCAAGUGGAACAGGCAAGAGUUUGAAAAGCUAUUGAAUGACAAGUUGUAA